AUGGAUACCACAGCUACCCAGGAGGAGACGAAGUAUCAGUCCAAUUAUUCACGCUCUCGUGAAGAAAGAAAAGAAAAGUAUACUCAGCAAGGCCAGGAGAUUGAAAAUGGUGUCCUAGAAAACUUAGAAAAAAUCCUAGUCAAAUUGACCAAUACUCCCGUAGGUCAAUCUAAGGAUUUCCAAGAACUAAUAUUAUUUCAAUCCAAGGGUUACCUCCCUCAAGUGGUUCAAUCCUGGUCCUAUUUUGCGCAGGUUAAUAACCAUUAUAAAUUUAUUCAUUCUACUCAAGUUAUCUUGAGGUUCUUGAAAUUGGUCGGUACCGAAACAAAUGUUAAUGUGUUGAAUUUGGGAGAUUUUCUGAUUGAUUUGAUAUUGAAAGAUUAUUUAAAAGUCAUUUACAGAGGUUUGAAUAACACGAGGAUUAAAUUGAACAUUCCCAUGAUUAAUUUAAUGAAAGAAAUUGUAUUAUAUCAUGAUAGAUUGCAUUUAGAAACGUUUUUGACAUACUUCAAUUUGCAUAGUCCCUCAUUGGUUAGAAUCUUGACACCUGCCAAAUCUGAUUUGAAUGAUCCUUCCAAUAAUGAUAAAAUGACUGUGCGAACUGCAUUUUUAGAUUUUUGGUUAAAUUUAAUACAAUACACACCAGCAUUAAUUAGAAUUGAUUUAUUAGAAAAUAACUUUAAAAUAAUGGGGGCCUGGUUUAAAUACAUGGAUAAAAUUGACCCAAUCUCCAUCUCGGAAAGAACAGUUGUUAUCUUCACUGAUUAUAUCUUAAAGGAAAAACUGUUCAAGAGAAUGACGAAAACCAAAAUAUUGAACGAAUUAGCACUUUCAAAGAUUCAUAAGUUUUAUAAUUCUCAAGAUAAAGGGCUAGUUACACAAACAAAUAGGCUUUUCCUUGCAUAUGCUGCGUCAUCGGAAACUAGUGUCGCAUUUCCAGACGACCGCGUAUGGUUUGAUCAUUCGCCCAAUAAUGGUACUGAUGGUGGCGUCUUCAUAAGCGUUCAUGGCAAAGAGUUUAAGAUUUAUAAUAAGAUGAUCUUUAAUAUGUUGAAAAUGUUCAAGCCCUGGGAAGAUGACCUACAGUCUACGACUGUUUUAAAAGUAUUGGAAAAUGUUCCUGAAUUGGUUGCACCUUACUGUGCUCAUUUAGCCUCAUUAGGAACACAUGAUCCAAGAAUGACAUCAUACUGGUUCGGUGCCACUCUAAUCAUUGGAAGAAUAAUCUCUCUAAAGAUUCCCACAUUUGUGGAAAAUAUAGAGACGGAUUUAGUUCCUUCUACAACUUUGAUAAUGGAAAAUAUUAUACCGUCAUGCAUGACCAAGAAUUCAUUGACUAAGGGUCUACAACACGAAUCGCCCCUUAUUAAACAGUUAACAUGUCAACUAAUCACCUUUGCCUUCCAAAAGUUAAAGCUUGUCUUUGAUCUGUAUGACAAGAAGGGUUGGGGCUCAUCAAAGACAACUAUUGCCGUAGCAUUCCAUUCGGUUAUCCCAGAUUUAACUAUUAUCACUUCUACUUUAAUGCAAUCAUAUAACUCAAAUAAGGAGAACAAAAUCCUCCCGUUAUCUUUGACUGUUAUAUUGAAUUUCUAUGGGGAAUGUUUUCCUAAUUUCUUUACUGUUGCUCUCCCUGCCUCAAACAUUUACGUUGAUAUAAUGAAGAAAAAUUUCUUUUCAGGAAUUGAAUUAGCAAUUCUAGAUAACUUCUUACAAUAUCAAGAAUACAAUGGAACUCAGACUAAAUGGUGGAAUUCCAAUAAGGAUGAAAACUCGUUGUUCACAUCAUUAUUAAGAUUGGCAUCGUCACCAAAUUCUAAUACAGCAGUGGCUUCGAAAAUAUCUCAAUUGAUUAACACUUUAACCAUAAGCACCGUUGUCUUCAAUAAAUUAUUAGCAUCUCCUAUCACUGCGUUGAUAAACUCUUUACAAAUGGUGAGUACUGGUCAAGAAAAUAAACAACUAUUAAAAAUAUGGAAGUUAUUAGACCAAACCAUAGCAUUUUCCGUGAAAACUCCGUACAAAUAUGUCGAUAUGGCUCAGAAAUUUGGGACUAUCUCCCCCUUUAUGGUUGCUUUACUACAGCAGUGGAAAUUCGUUUCUAAUGAAGAUGGCGAGGGGACUGCUUUGGUUGUCAAAUUUAUUUGUAUCUUCUUUAGAAAUAUGUCCAUGAUCGGUGAAUCGCAAGCUGGUAUACUUUCAGCAGCAUUAGAAUUUAUUGGUGAGGAACAAAAUGAAAUUUUGGAACUUUACUUGAAUUUCUCUACAUAUGAAUCAAAAAUCCAGGAACUGCGUUCUAAUGAGAAGUGGUUAUUAUCUUCCCAUAUGGAUUCGUCAUUUGCCCAAUAUAUUACAUUGGCACCCUAUAAACAGUUGAAAAAAAUAACAAGAUACCCUGUCGGUGAAUAUGAUGUUGUUGCCACCAUUUUUAGAUUGAAAUUACUGUUAAAUGAUGACUCUAUCAAUUUUGAUUCUGAAUUUAAAUUAGUAGCUGAUGCUUUGAUAUCGAAGGUUACGAAUUAUGUGGCAGUUGAUGAAAAGUUUAGCUUAUUGGACCCAAGAAUUUUCCAGGAGUUUUUCGCCGAAAUCGAUUCCACUUCUGAUGAGGAUUGUUUGAAAAAAUACACACUUGUUACCAAAUCAUUUAUUCAUAUUAGUCAAUCGCUAGAAAGGAAUAAGGAUGAAUUCGAAAACUUCGCGUUCCAAUGGUUGAAACAACAAAACAAUGUUGAGGAACACUCGGAUUUGGUUGCUGUUGUAUCAAAUUCAGUAAAUGCUGAUCAUGCAAUUGAAUUACUAAAGGAAAGUAUACCAUUCAAUCAAGACACUGUAUCCGUUCUAUUACUGAAGAUUCAAGGAGAUGCCACGAAACAUCUCGAUUUCUGCAUCCUGGAAAAGGUCCUCAAUAAAGCAUCUGAUGAGAUUAUCUCCCUCAUUAUAACAUUACUUUACAGUAAUAGAAUAGAUGAUAUGGAUUCAUCGUCUUUUACUUCCAUGCUUGUUAAAGAAGAGCGUUUCUUGCAAUUAUUGUUGACAUUUAUGAAUUCCUCUUAUUUCUCAAUUGGUGUUAUAUUGCCAUUCCUUUCUGAGUUACAAGAUUCUAGUCUUGCUACAAGUAUUGCUAUUGGCACUUACAAAUACAUUGAUCAAGAACCAAAGGUGAAGAAUUUUGUAACUUCCGUUAUUUCUCGAUGUUAUUCUGAAUUUUUCAAAUUGGAAGGUCCUCGAUUCGACGCAUGUUUAGAUUUAUUCUGUAUGGCUUCAGAUAAAAUUACUGAUAUCCAAAAAAAGAGUAUAUUGCAAUUCAUCACUACUGAAUAUAAACAUAAAUAUGGACCUUCUGUCAUUAAGUUCAUUUUAGUAGUCAAUGAUUUUGAAAAUGCAACUGUUGACAAAUGGUUAAGCAAGAUGACUUUAUACAUUACGAAGUUUUUAUCGGAAGAUAUGGAAUUAUCUGGGAAAUAUUUACAAGUCUUGUCAGAAUUUAGAGAAUUGGUGACUAAAAUUGAUGUUUGGACAAAAGUUAACCGCAACAUCCUAAACUCUCAAUUAGAAGUUAUUCUAAGUGGGAAAUUAAUUUCAGAUGUUAAUGUACUAGAAUAUUUGAUGGCUUUGACACUAGGUGGGAAUACUAAAUUAAUUCAAAGUGAUAAAAUGGUUCAAUUAUUAUUGAAUAAUGAAAACAACUUAUUGAAUAUGACCAUUUCCAAAAAGAUUGCAAACGCAUCAUAUAAAGCCUAUCUUACUGUUACAUCUCUAUAUUGGUUUUUCAAUAUGGAUGUCUCUAAAAACUCUACCACUUUAAUUCAACAACAAUUGCUGACUUACUAUAAUGGGUCAGUUUCUUGUCAGGAUAGAUUAAUCCUUAAGAUGCUGGAAACUAUAGAGUCUAAAACGUCGAUUUCUUGGACAAACUAUAUUUACAACUGGGAUUUCCUUGAAAGCACAGAAGAAGAAUCAUCGGAUUUUGUCACUGAAACUAAAUUAAUUACCAAGGAAAAAGAAGGUUUGAUUAUUACGUUAAGAAAAGAGUACGUUCAAAAUUCUAUCGUUAAUUAUCCAUUGGAAAGACCAUCUCUACCUAACCUUCAAAUGAGAUCUGUUAAAGAGAAAUAUGCUUUGGUACAAAAGUUUUAUCAUGAUACGAUGAGGUCGAUAAAGACUGAAUAUGUUUAUGAUCCAUUAUUUGUGAUGUUACUAACCCUUCAUAAUAAAGAAUUGGUUAGUUAUUCUUCCGAAGAUGAUGGCACUAUCAAAUAUAAAUUUGAAAUACAAAAAUUCCUGUCAUCCAAAUUCUUCCAACUAAUAGUAGUCAGUCUUGCUGACUGCUCUAAGGAGGUUUCCAAGGUUGCUAUCGCAGUUUUAACGGAGAUGCUUUAUUCAUUGGAGGACAAUACCCAGUUUAAGGAAGGUCACAUCUUCCAAAUUCUACUGAAAAAAAUCAUCGUGUCAUGGAAUAAGAACGAAAAGAUUAUUCAGCCCGUUGUAUGGUCCACCAUAUCUCGAAUUUGUGAUUUGCUACUUCAACCUGCUUCCCCACUUUAUGAGAAAGCAUUCCGUUGGGUACUAAAUGGUCCUGCUAUUAGGCCAAAUGACAUCCCAUUAAUGCAAGAUCUAAUUGCACCAAGAGAUUCCGAGGUUAAUUAUGAGAGCUACUAUAAACAGUUGUCGUGGGUGUUAGAAAGCCUUGAGUUUGGUAUCAAGAGUGAAAUGGACCUUGAUUUAUUGAAGAGAAGAGAUGUUUUUGAAUGGUUAUUUAAUUUGAUCAAUUUACCAUAUUUGAAUUCCAGGAUGAAAUCAGUGAUCAAUCGUAUAUUCUAUAAUGUUCAAAGGAUAGAAAACGGUGGUUCCGCAUUGUUAACCAGAUAUGGUGCUGUUUCUACGUCUGAAGUACAAAAUCUAUGGAUUAAAGAAAAUGGAAGAGAAGUUGAAGCUGCUUUGGAAAGAAACUCAAAGAAUAGUAAACACUUGAAGAGAAAACUGCUGCUGGAAGAACAGAACAUUAACACUAAUGAAUUAUUGGAAGGCUAUGUUGCAAUAAUAAGCUCCCAAAAGAGACUGAGAGAAUGGGUAGAGGAUGAUGGUGAUCAUAUCAUGAAACGAACAUGUCAAUAG